AUGUGUGGGAUUUUCUUCUCGUUGAGCUCAUCAACACCCACACCAUCAACACAGGAAACCUGCACUCUGCUCCAAAAGCGAGGACCAGACAGCUACAAAACUCAUACGGCGCAAAAGGAUAUCAACGCACAGGAUGGAGUGUCUGCGCCCCUUAUUUAUCAUCUCACUUUCACAUCCACAGUGCUCUCAUUGAGAGGCGACCAUGUGUACAGACAGCCACUCGUAGAUCCCACAACACAGUCCGUGCUCUGCUGGAACGGAGAAGCCUGGAAGAUCGAUGGGGAGCGCGUCCAAGGCAAUGAUACUGAACGCGUUUUCAACUUAUUUCUACAGGCAGUGGAAAGUGAUCAGAAUGACUCUGUUGAAAGAAUGGCGGAGGCUAUUGCAAGUCUCUCUGGGCCAUUUGCCUUUGUCUUCUAUGAUGCGGUCAACUCAAGACUCUUCUACAGCAGGGAUUGUCUCGGGAGGCGAUCUCUCCUCGAGGGCUUCGAUGAAAAUGGGAAUUUUAAGAUCUGCAGCAUUUGCGACAGUGCAUCGGUGGAUUGCUUCAAGGAAGUGGGCACCGAAGGCGUUUGUACGAUUGACCUAGCUCGCUAUCAAAAUCCUUCUUCAUCACCCAGGGAGUUGUGCCAAAUUGAGAUCAUGCCAUGGAGCUCUGCUGCUUCACCUCCAGCCGAUCAUAUUGUAUGUCCUUCAUAUAUUUCCCGGGAGCAGCAACUGACAAAGAGACCAAAGAGAAAAUCAAUUCCACCCAUGAACACAUCACUACCAAUAGAGCAGCCUCCUGCAUUGACAACAGACUCAGUAUUCGUCAAGGAGCUCGAGUCAAAACUGCGUCAAUCACUCGAAUUGAGAAUACAGAAUGUCCCCGUGCCUCCAGGGUACAUUGCAGGCCAAACCGCCAAAACAGCCGUUCUCUUUUCCGGCGGUUUAGACUGCACACUUCUCGCCAGACUGUCUCAUGACAUUCUCCCCCUGGAGGAACCAAUCGACCUCCUCAAUGUAGCAUUCGAAAAUCCCCGAGUGGCAGCAGCCGCAAAAGCGAACCAACAAAAAUCCCCCUCCUCAACACCACCCCUCUCUAUCUACGAAAACUGCCCAGACCGGAUAACCGGCCGGUCCGCUCACAUCGAGCUCCAAGCAACCUGUCCAGGCCGCACAUGGCGCUUCAUCGCCAUUGACAUCCCCUACGCAGAAACUCUCGCACAUCGGGACCAAGUCAAGCGCCUGAUGAGACCCCACAACACCGAAAUGGACAUGUCCAUCGCAUGCGCCUUGUACUUCGCAUCCCGCGGCCAAGGCACAGCCCAAACAAACCCCUUAGCCCAACUCCCAACUCCAGACACCCCAUCACCCAUCUACACAACCUCCUCCCGCGUCCUCCUCUCCGGCCUGGGCGCCGACGAGCUCUUCGCCGGCUACGGCCGACACAGCGUGGCCUUCAACCGAGGCGGAUUCAAAGAUCUGAUCGCCGAGAUCGAUCUCGAUGUCAGUCGGCUCGGUUCGCGCAAUCUCGGUCGCGACGACCGCGUCCUCUCCCACUGGGGCCGCGAGACUCGUUUCCCAUUCUUGGACGAGGAGUUUGUGGCUUGGGUUCUGCGGGCGCCUGUGUGGGAGAAGUGCGGGUUCGGACUUCCGGAGAUUGAUGCUACGGCCGGUAUUGAUUCUGAGAAGUUGGCGCUGCGGCUUGUUGCUCUGCGGCUGGGCUUGGUGAAGGUCUCUCGUGAGAAGAAGAGGGCUAUUCAGUUUGGCGCGAGGACGGCUAAGAUGGAGACGGGGAGGUCGAGAGGUACGGAUGCUUUGAGCUGA